AUGAGGAUUAUUUUUGUUUUUAUUAUCUUUUUUGUUGUAUUUGCUGAGGAUGCCUCUACUAAAGAAGAUUUACUUCCUCGUGGUGUUCAUCCACAAUUUGCUUCAUUCUAUUCUAGCGGAGAGACAUUUACCUGUCUUGAUGGAAAUAAAGUUACACCAUUUAAGCAAGUAAAUGAUGAUUAUUGUGAUUGUGCUGAUGGAUCUGAUGAACCAGGAACUGCCGCUUGUCGAAAUGGCAAAUUUUAUUGUAAAAAUUAUGGAUACAAACCUUCAUUAAUUCCUUCAAGCCGUGUGAAUGAUUAUAUUUGUGAUUGUUGCGAUGGAAGUGAUGAAUGGGAUUCGGGAACUGAAUGCCCAAAUGUUUGUGAAGCUCUUGGUUCUGAAGCACGUUCCGAGGCAAAGCAGCGACGUGCAACAUAUGAAGCUGGUUGGCGAAAAAGAGAGGAAUUGGCCGUUGAAGGGAAGAAAAUGAUGGAAGAAAAGACAAAAGAAUUUGAAAAACAAAAAGUUGAAUUGACUUCUUUGGAGGAACGAAAACUUGAAUUGGAAGAAGCAAAAAAUGUUGCAGAAAAAUUGGAAAGUGACGCGAAACGAGAAGUUGAUGGACAAUUUGAAGAAGAAAAGAAUCGAAAAUUAACUGAAAAAGCUCAAAAUUUAUUAAAAGAAAUUGACAAUGAUGGAAAUGGAAAAAUAUCAAAUGAAGAACUGAGAUUAUUUUGUGGAUUAGGACAACAACAACAAUUAUUACGACCAGAAAAUGAAUUAAAAGAAGAAUCUGAAAAUGUUGGAGAUAAUUUCGAAUUAGAAGAAAUGGUUAAAGGAAUUUUUGGGGAAGGAAGUGAAAAUAUUGACUUGGAAAUGAUUAAAAAUAAAUUUAAAAAUAUCAAUGAUUUUCUAACAAAAUGUAAAGAAAAGAAACAGAAGGAAGGAAAUGAAGAGGGGGAGGUAAAAGAAGGAGGAGAGAAGGAAGAAGAAGACAAAGAAGAACAACCUAAAUAUGAUGAAGAAACACAAAAAUUAAUUGAAAAUGCUAAUAAUGCUAGAAAGGAAUUUGGAGAAAUUGAAAGUCAAAUUGGUCAACUUCAAGAUGACAUUAAGUUUGUAUAUUUUUUAUAUUUUAAUUAA